AUGUUCGCAACAAAGCUGCUGCGAACUCAACUGAAGCACAAACAUACGCGUCGUGCUUGUAAUCCACUCUUUUCAGCCUGGCAUUGCGGGCGUGGCUCGCUUGACAACAUGGCCACAUCUGUCCUACCUACACCGACGCUAUACGAGGAGACGCACCUAUCGAUUACACCUUCGAGCCCGACAACGCUGCUAAACAUCCAGGUUGGCGAAAGCAAGAGCCUCGUGCAGACCGGCGCCGGCCGCAAACGCGCUUUUGGAGAGAUCAGUGGCCUUGAUGAAGAGUCCUAUGCGCGUGCACACCUUGCGACUGCAGGUUCAGUCUUCUUCCGGCCCAAGAGCAGAGCUCCACGAAGUUUCCUCUGGCGCGUAUUAAACGAACGGCACACACUCGAGCUACAAUGCGUGGAUCUGGUGGAGGACAAGCGGCACCAUGGCAGUCAUAGCUGGAUCACAUUCCACGUUUCGCUGCCUAAAGCCAUCGUUUCGAGCGGUGUCGCGUUGGCGGAUGGAGGUGACAAGGACGCGUUGGUUGUUUUCGUGAUCACAGGCGAUGGACUGUACACUGUCACGUUGAAGCGCGAUCUGCUGGUACGGGAAUCUGUGCCUGUUGAUUUCGAUGGCAGCUCAAUCGUCAAACACUUUCCCUUGGGCCACAAAGCGUACCGACUGACGGCAGUGUCGAGUCUUGAAUUAUUGGUCUCUUUGGAAGACGGGGGAUUUUUGCGCUUGCAGCGUCAGCCUAACGAGCUCGGCAACCAGUGGCGCCCGACUUAUUUCAGUGAAGGAGGAUGGAGCGGCACUCUAAAGGGGAUUGUGCCGACGUGGUCAAAGAACAGCGUGAGAUAUGGGGAGCUUGAUCUCAUGCCUAGUGCUUUUGCUGCUAUGGAGAUGAGUCCAGACGGCAAAUAUGUGUGGACUGUUGGCAUAGAUCAUAUCCUGAAAGCAUGGAGCACUGGGACAGGAAGAGUCGCUGGACAGAUGGAUCUCUUGAUCGAGAACAGAACACAGGAAGAUCGAAAGAAGCAAGUGCUGAUGGAUGCAGGACAAGGAACGUUGCUGCAAAUCGCAGAUGCGGAAGGCCUCCCCGGUGUCGCAUACUUUCUGGUGUGCUACUCACCUAAUAACCACCGCUUCAAGUUUUUCGCAGUUCACGACGAAGAGGAGCUGGACUUCCGAGACACGCAACCUGCCUCAGCUUCGCUUGUCGCACCUGUGGCAGAGAUGCUAGGCACGACUGUGUGGCACUUGGAGCAAUUUCAUGUCGUCCCUGGCCAUUUAUGGCGACAAUCACAGAUUUGGAUCAGGGCUAGGAAUGGUGCACUCUGCCAAACCUUCACACUGAACUUCGACCUCUUUGACGACAAUGGAAACCAGAACGACCUUACCGACUUAUGGAAGAGUGACUGGACCGGCGUGGAAAACCACCACCUCAGUAUUGAGACGCUCAGAAGCUCGCCAGAUUUCGCUGAGCUAGACGCCACGUCAGAUAGCCCGCUCACACCAAGCGAAAAAUGGUUGAAAUUCCUGUUCUAUCCAGGCAGAUUUAGCGAGGCUUCUCUUGAGGCAGCGUUGGGCAUCUAUCGCAAGGGACGCGGCCUUCCUGCAUCAUCCUCGAGGAGCCUCAACGCGGUUGAGCCAUUGAAAGAGCGGAUUACCAGCGCUGUAGCCGCAAAGAUUCUCUUACGUCGAGGGCCCAACGACCAUCCCGACUACGAUCGCUACCAGCUUGACCUUCAGACACAAUGGCAGACCUUCUUCACGUUACUAGCGCAUCUACACACACUUCGGCUGGCUCCCAUCGGCUUCGCGUACGAUGACAUUGAUGGUCUACCGUGGUCUGUCUGCGCCGAUUUCGUGGCUCCCAUCCGGACAAGCAGCGGCUUCGAGCUCGUGAGCAACAACGCGGAAUACCUGAAGCUUAGUAACAUCAGCUCUGGCAAGGAUGCGGUACACCGAAAGAUAUGGCCCAAUAUGGACGAAGAUGUGUUGAAGUCUCAGGUUCUAGCUGUUGCCAAGCAGCUUCGGUCUUGCCUGUCGCCUCAAUCUCAAGAAAGGCUGAGGAGAGCGGCUAUUGCUGAUGCACUCGAUCAGAGCGCCGACAAGUCCGCACUGCUUGCACUUCAAGGCAUCUAUGAAGAAUGCGGCAUAAGCGAAGAAAUUAGCAACGAAGACUUCGAUGCCAUCAGUGAGGCUGCUACUGUCUUCAACGGACUCGGUAGUCUUGAUGACGACUGCCUACUCAUGGUGCUCGAAGCAAUAGAUGCGGACGUACCCCUGCAUGGCACAGAUAGUGAACAGGCACUGCAGAACUAUGGCAAGGAGCUGAAUAUCGCCAUUGCGCAACAAACGCUGCAAGACGCCCAGAUCGUUCUUCUGGAUAUUCUUGCGCUUGUCAUCUUCAUGCAUGGUGAUCUGGAGGCCGAGGAACUGGACAACAAUUUCCGACCAAACGAGAUGUACGAGACCAUCAUUUUCAGAUUCAAGCUCACCGAACUGCGUCUUUGGCUUGUUAGUCAUGUUCGCACAGAGCCAAAGAAGGCGGGGGGUAAUGAGGCCGACGUGUUGAGUAUGACAAUCUACGAGAGCUUGUUCAUUGGCGACUGGCAAUCGUUGACAACCAAAGAACACCGCAGCAUGGCCCAUCUGAUCACUGCUUGGGCCAAAUCUUGGACCCUGGGAAUAGACCUGAAUGCCAACUGGACAGGCCUCACGGACUAUAUCAUGGCAGAUCUCAUCAGGCAUACACAGUAUGAGCUUGCGCAAGACUUUAGCAAAUUCUUGACUGAGAAUGCACCAUGGGCAACCUACCUGAAAGGUCGCGUACACCUCGCUACCAAUGAAUACGGAUUGGCGAGCUCGACUUUCGUCGAAGUAGCUCAAGAGCUUGCCCUCUUACCAGAUGCAGCCAAAGUGCUAGGAGGCAGCAUCCUCACCGACAAGGAGCUUGAGCACUUUGGCCAAGGUCCGAUGUCGUAUUAUCAGCAUAUAUCAGCACUGUUUGAGUCGCAGGGUGCGUUCUCGUACACAGCCGAGCACGCUUACACGGCGUUCCAAUGCUUGCAGCAUGAUCGGGAUUUUGCACGUGAACUGCAUGAGCUCGAUCUGCGCAAGUCAAAGAAUGGUCCAGAAUCCCCAGCACCUCAGCGAAUUGACGACGCAAUGGAGGAGAUUCGUCUGCUAAAACUCCGCGAAACCCGUGACAGCAUUCUAGGCCGUCUCUACAACGCUCUUACGCAAUGUGGUAGGUUCGAGGAGGCUUAUCAGGCACUCGAACAGAUGAGGCACCCGGACCUUCGCAAAUCAAAUAUGAAGCUACUGGUCGGUCGAUGUGUGAAGGAAGAUGCAGUGUCAGUACUGCUCUCCCUUCCAGUCGCCGACGACCUUGUGCAGACCGUUGAUGCGGAGCUCCUCAGACUUGCCAAGCGCAGCAUGGGCACUUCGAACACUCAAUUGUCCGGUCCACCGUAUCAUCAAAUACUAUUCGCCUUCCGCACACGGCACAACGACUUCAGAGGCGCAGCCGCGCUUCUGUACACGCAUCUGGAGUAUUUGAAGCAUACCAACGCGCACGCAGUGAAGGAUCCAGACGACGAAACACUUCCUCAAGCGUACGUCCUUUUGAUCAACACACUCAUGUGCUGCGGUGGCGAUGAAGCAUGGUUGCUGGCAGACGCGAUUGAUGGUGUGCAUCCAGCCGGGACCAAGAGAAGACUGGUUCGACUGGAGGAUGUGAGACGAGAGUAUGCAGAGGAGCUCGAUCGUCGGAGUGAAGUUCAAUUAGGAAGGUUCGCCAUUGUAGGUGGUGAUGAGAUGGAUAUGUUUUGAUAGUGAAAGACUACUCUUUGCAUUGACCACCUUCCAGCCAGACGAAAGUCGCAGACGGGGAGCAGCAUACAAGGAAGGUCGCUAUAACUCAUGAUGGGCGGAUACAGUCCCGCCUGAGAAGAGCGAGACCGACAGGGAAAAGCACAAGAUUGUCUGGGCUAGUGCUGUCAUUGACUAGAUACCCAAUCAUGCUAUCGUCGGCAACAUAGAAAAUCGAUACCGCAUGCUCUGCCCGAGGAAUCCGGAUGGCUUUCAGUUCCUCGCAUCUUUGGCCCUUGUGAAGGUAUCUCUACGACACCCCAUCGUUGGCCUUUCUAACCUCGUUUCUUGUCCGUGGCUGGCUACAUCCUACGCCAUUGAACCACCAUGACUAACUUCUAUUCCAAC